CCGCCAGGUCACGUGUCUCCCGGCAGAGCGGGCGGCGGCGCUCGGGCUCCCCCCGGCGGGUGGAGGGGAGUCGCCCUUGAGAGAAGGGGAGAGCAGGGGAGGGAAGCGGGGAGGCGGCGGGCAGCAGGUGAGGUGGCGUCGCGCGGAGGGGUGUCUCUCCCGCCCUACGUAACCCCCGUUGAAGCGUGGGGGGGCUCCCUUCGUGAGUGCCAGCGCGUCCCCGCGACCUGUGGGGGGCCGGCCGUUGGGAGCCGGAGCGGCGGGGUUAGGCCUCACCCCGGCGUGGGCGUCCCGGCCCUGUCCCCGCAGCCAGCCCCGGGUAGUUGGAGCGGGCUCUGGGGUGUAAGUCUCCGUUUUUUAAGGAUAAGAACGUUGAAAUCAAAUCCAUGGAUUUAGGAGAAACUCAGCUUCCUAUCAGGAUGUUGAAUUUCAAGAGUGUAUUCAUUGAUGACUCCAUUUAAGUGGUCACUGUUUAUAAUGUAGCCGCAUCUGAAGAAAUAGAAACUGGUUUUAUACGAUGCUGGCUAACACCAUAGGACAUCAUUUAAUGGUACCUCAAGCGAUGAUUCCAAGAAGCCUGAAGCUGUUUUCCUAUAUCUGCGGCAAUAGAAUGUUGUCGGGCUACAAACCUAAAAGGAAUGUCAAGGACUCUUACAAAAUUCUCGAGCUUGAGGAAGGGUGUUCACUCGAUGAUAUCAGAAAUUCGUAUCGAAGUCUUGCCAAAAAAUACCAUCCAGACAGCGGUUCCACCACAGCAGAUUCGGCAGCAUUUGUGAAAGUAGAAGAGGCGUACCGAGUUGUACUUGACGAUGUGGCGAACAAAAAGAAAUCAAGUGAGAAUAAGGAAGAGGAGGAGGAAGACAGGCUCAAAUCAAACGCGCCACAGCACAGGCACUACUUGAGUUUCGAAGGCGUUGGUUAUGGAACGCCAAGCCAAAGAGAAAAGCAGUACAUGCAGUUUAGAGUAGACCGUGCUAGUGAGCAAGUGUUGGCGUACCGAACGCGGAAGCUCGAAAGCCAGUAUGUUGCGGCAGACCUUAUGAGGGCCAAAGAUGUGAGACAGAGCAAAAAGGUGAAGAUCACUCAGGCAGUUGAACGGUUGGUCGAGGACCUCAUCCAGGAGUCAAUGGCAAAAGGAGAUUUUGACAACCUCAGCGGGAAAGGAAAACCUUUGCAGAAGUUUUCCGACUGUCCGCAUAUCGAUCCUAUGACGCACAACCUGAACAGAAUUCUCAUCGACAACGGGUACCAGCCGGAGUGGAUCCUCCUGCAGAAGGAAAUCCGGGAGACGAUCGAACGAUUAAGAAAGAGUAUAGUGGUAUCCAGAAGGAAGCUCGGCGAGCCAAUGACGCCGCGUAGGCAAAAGCAGUGGGAUCACAUCUGUGAGCAAUUCGGAGAAGAUAUCAGGAAAUUAAACAAAAGAAUCGACAGCUUCAAUUUAGUUGUUCCUAUUCUGAGCAGGCAGAUGGUGCACUUCAGUGCAGACAAGGAAAUCGUCCGAGCACAGAAGGCUUACGAAGCUUCAGUGGAAAACACAGAGGCUUCUGGUUCAGACGCAAAGGAAAAUGAAAGGGAAGAUGUGAGAAGGUUUGGGUGGAAGUCUUCUCUACUGAAGUGGUUAAAUCCUACAUUGAAAUAGGAUCGUAUUAGCUCACCACCUGCCUUGUCAAGUUUUUGAAUGCACUUUGUAACUCAGCCUGUAGCGUUAGAGAAAUUUCAGAUUCACUGAAAAUGUAAAAUCCACCCGGCUGUUAGACCAGGUGAGAGGAACUGGGGUGGCUGAUGUUCACUUGAGGGUAAUUAAUUGACUUCUUUGUGAAUGCUGCUAAGGAACAAGUGAAUUCAGUCACCCUAUUUCAGCUCAUUUUCCUUCUGCUUAAAUCAAGAUUCACGCUUAACUUCUCGGUGUAUAAUUUAAUUGUUUCUACAGCGCUGUUAUCUCUUUGUAACAUGAAACUGAUGCGUAAGUAAAACACUGUAAGGACAAAGUGGAAGUAAAAGUCUGGCUGCGCCCUUUAGUUUGACCUUUAUCCCUCCUUGUUUAAAUGUCCUUUGGCACAGUAGCCUGAAAAAGAUCAGAUUUUAAUUCUCACUACGUUGCACAGGAAUUGGAUCUGAAUUGCUGUUCAAACGAAUCCAGUGACCGAUGCAAAAAGCAUUAAUUGUAAGUUGGAUUUGUUGCACGAGCGUAAAUAGAAGCCAGAUUCCAAUAAGUCCGGCUCGGAUGGAAUCCAUUUUGGCUCACCAUGAAGAGGAGUGUCAGCAGUUUAAAUACUGAAGUUGCCGUAAUGGAUGAGUCAGCAUACGGAAUGACUUUUGUGUUCCUUUUAAAGCGACUUGGUUUUAAAUGGAGUAGAAGAGACCUGAUUCUCGGCACUUAAAGUCAGCCUUGUGCUGGGAGCAUGUAAAGCUGCCAGGUGGAAAAGCCACUCUUUCCACAAUUAUUACAAUGAUGAUUAAAAAAAAACCCAACAGUGGUAAUUAAAAUUUUUAUUUGCACUA